AUGAGUGAUACAACUACACCUACCGUGCCAUCAAUAUCGACAUCGAAUCGAAAUAUCAUGGCAGGAUCUAAUAAUCAUUUUGGAAAAUAUGUUAAACUUAAUGUAGGAAAUCAUCUUUUUCUAACAAGUUUUGAUACUUUAACCAAAGAAGAUACAAUGUUUAAAGCAAUGUUUAGUGGACGUAUGGAAGUUGUACAAGAUAGUGAAGGUUGGGUAUUAAUCGAUCGUGAUGGUAAACAUUUUAAUGUAAUAUUAAAUUAUUUACGUGAUGGAACAAUUAAUUUACCUGAAUGUAUUCAAACAUUACAUGAAUUAUUAAAUGAAACAAAAUUUUAUUGUAUAGAAUCUCUUGUUGACCUUAUUGAACAACAAUUACGAACACGUUCAAGAAAAAAUGCCGGUGAUACAGAUGCUUGUUGUAAAGUAAUUAUGUUAACAUCAGCAAAAGAAUUACCAAAUAUUGUAGCUACAGUACGUAAACCAAUUGUUAAAUUAGCAAUUAAUCGACAUAAUAAUAAAUAUUCAUAUACAGCAUCAUCAGAUGAAAUGUUAAUGAAAAAUAUUGAAUUAUUUGAUAAAUUAAGUAUUCGUUUACAUAAUAGAAUUUUAUUUAUAAAAGAUGUAACUGGUAGUGAAGAAAUUUGUUGUUGGAGUUUUUAUGGUAAUGGACAAAAAAUGGCUGAAGUUUGUUGUACAUCUAUUGUUUAUGCAACUGAACGAAAACAAAAUAAAGUUGAAUUUUUCGAAGCAAGAAUUUAUGAGGAAACAUUAAAUAUUUUAUUAUAUGAAAACCGUAAUGCAUCUGUUGAUGAAAUUAUUCGUGCAACAACACCACGUUUUGCAUCAGCUGCAUUAACUGAUGAUGAUUUUGAUGAAGAACGAAGUAUGAAUACAAAUUCAACAUUAACAACUAAUCGACCACCACGAAAACGUUAA